AUGUUUUCGUGUAACUAUUGUUCUCUGGCUUUUACUACGGAGGAAAAACUCAAUGUUCAUAUUGAAAUGUGCGACAGAAACACACAAUCGCCGCUAUCGGAACUAAGUGAUUUGGACUCAUAUACUUGUGAAGUCUGUAGUACGGAUUUUUUGACUGCAGAAGAACUUGCCAUGCAUGAAAAAACGUGUGAAAUGAAGAAACUCACAUCAACGUUGGUACCUCAGCUCGAGGAACUCACUAGAACUCUUAAUAUCCCUGACAAACCGGUCUCUUUAAAGUCGAAACGCUGUGGAAAUUGUAAGAUGAUCUUUAUAACGCGAGAAGACCUCCUUGCUCACAGGCGUAUGUGUAAAAUUAGAAAAGUGAACAAGUUAAUGAAAGGACUGACCACAAUCUUUGAAGAAUGGUGUAAAAAAUUCAAGUCUGUAAAGGAAAACUUUUUUUUAUCGACAUCUUCUGUUUCGCCAGUGUCAAGUGACAGUAGCUCGAGUAGCUAUUUACCGAUAUCUGAUGAAUCAAAUGUGCAAACUUCUCAUACAUUGACGUCGGAAGAUGACUGCUCUGUACAAACAAACUUGAUCAAUCCUGUUGCUGUAGGUCGCGCCAUAUGUUCUGCGAUGCCUUCAUCGACGUCAAAAGACUGCUCUGUAAAGAAAUCUAAUAGAAAACGACCAUUAAAGACUUCUUCAACUUUUGACUCUAGUCUGGUAACUAAGAUUUUAAGAAAUAAAAGAAAACGAUGUGCAAUCUGA